GUCGGUUAGCACAUCCAUGACGAACGUCGUCAGCCGAGGCCCAUCUCCGUAGAUGGCCCAGGCCCAAAAGAUUGUUACGUUCUCAGGAAGGGCCGCAGACGAACGGCCCCCGGUUCUACCAGACGAUCGUGGUCAGGAAUUAGGCGGGGAACCCAGAUUCUGGCGGGAAGCGCAUUUAAUGCUGGAGAUUUGGUGGUUGGGCCACAGCCACUAACAAUCCUCCACAUCAUCAGGACUAACUGCCCAUUGGCGGGUAUAAAUAGUAGCAUUUAUUUCAUUGUAGAGGCGAGGAGCAAGGCUGAUGCCGCCAUAUUGAAGGCUCGGGAGGUCGCCCGUCGGGCAGAAGAAGAGGCUGCCUCAGCCAGGGAGGAGCUUCGGUCCCUUCAGGCUGAAACUGGCGCCCAACUGGCCUGCCUGGAGAAGGCCGGCUUCAAGCUUAUGCCGGUGCUUCCGGCCCCCAAGGGUGCUAUCCCGGAAUGGUGCGUUGAUACCUCCGGCUACCGGAAUACUGGCGAGUUCAUGGACUCGGCCAAGGAUUUCUGCGCUGGGGCCUUUGGAGACGUGUUCUCUCAUGCCCUGGAGAAGGUCCCGGCGAAGGAUCGUCUGAAAUACGGCGUGCGGCUAAUGGGAAGCUCCCCCUUAGCGCGCCAAUUCCUUUAUGAUUCUGCUGAUAGCGCCUUCGCCGGUGGCUAUAGCGAAGGGGUCAAAGCCUUUCUCCCCAUCUUUGAGAAGCUUCUGGGCCCUGACGUCAACCCGGCCGAUCAUACGGAAGAGGACCUGCUGAUCGAAGCCCUGGGGAAAAUAAGGCGGGAUAGGCGCCGAGCGGCGGCCAUAGCCAUGGGGGAUAUCCCGGAACCCCCAACCCCUGAGCCCGAGCCUCAGGUGGAAGAGCACACUCAUGCCGGGAGCCGGCCAUCGUCCCCCCAUAUGUGCUGAUUUAUAUUUUAGUCUAGCCUUCCUUCCGACUGUAGCGUGUAGACUUGUACUUUCCAGCCGAUAGUGCUGAAGAAUAAAAAUCCAUGUUUUGCCAAAGUUCGUCUUUAUGCCGUGUUCGUACCUUAUUCUUUCAAU